AUGGCAUCAAUCUUAAGAAGUCAAUUACCAAAAUCAGUCAAAGAAAUCAGAUUUCAAUUCGAUUCAAGUUUCAAACCAAUGAAUGAUUUCAUCAAACAAACUUAUCCUAAAAUCAAAUCAUCAAAUCCUAAUUUACCAAUCUUAAUCAGACCAUUAAAUUCGAUCAGUGAACCUAGAUGUUUUGUAAGAUUAGAAAAUGGGGUGGAGAAAAGAUUAGGAUUAAAUUUGUUUAAAUCUCAUGAAGAAAUCGAAUCAAACCUUUCUAAUUUAAUUCAAUCUUCAUAA